CGCUUACUGAGUUACGUUUUUAUACCUGGCGACAAUCAAACGCUCAAUUUUCUUCGCUUUAUGUUUGAUAGUGUUAUCGUAAUAUUAUGUUUCCUUCACUACGAUAAAAUAAGUUAUACUUGUAUAACGUGAAUCGAGCUAGUGAUAAAAAUCUUCCCAAUGGGUUGUGGUUAUAAUCAUUAUCUUGUAUUCUUGACCUAGAUGUGUCGGUGUUUUUUAUGUGAAAUUAAAAUCAAAGUAAUCGACUAUGGAUAGGCUUAAGCAAAAACUAAGGAAAUCUUCAAACGCAAAAGAAAAAUACGUGGCAGACGUCAAGUGUAUAAAAGAGAAUAUAAAAAUCAGGGAAAUAUUACGAAAUGUAAAAAUGAAUAGCAGUAUGCGUUUGAAGGCACCCACUGGGAGCAAAGUGAUGAAUAACACGGAUUUCAGUGAUAGUGAAGAUUGUUUUGACGGUACCCUAAAGGAUGAGAACGACAUUUUACAACCGCCAUACGCUUUGAACCACAAUGUGAUUGUGUUAUAUCCAGAGUACAAGAGCGCCCCCAGUAAUUUGAAUGAACCAACUAAUCACGAACCAUAUCCGCCAUUGGAAAGAUUUAAAAGUAAUUCCGAAGCAAAUUUGCCAAAUAGUUUUAAAAAUGUGAGCCAUUUCGAGAAUAAUAAGCUGGUUAAGCUAGAACCAGUUAAACGCAGCGAGUCUAUGAUUCCUGAUGCAAGAUGUAUGAGUGAAAUUUUGAAUAGCUUGCCCUCGACCCUGCGAACCAGAAAGAUGUCGUUAGACCAAUCCGUUUUAGAUCGUCGGUUCACCCAAUCAGAAUUAGAUUUACACAGUUGUGGUAAAUUGCCGUUGGAACGAAAAUCAUCCUUUUUCAGAAAAAAGAUGGGCAGCUUCUUACGGAACACAACACAUUUGUUUAGAAAACAGUCUUCAGUGAAAAAUAAUUCGAAGUCUUUGCAAUCGCUGGAUGAAAAUAAUUUAGGAAACGAUGAAGAAAUUAAGGAUUAUUCGCAAUCGCCCGGCCCCAUGGCUGGUAGCAAAAGUGAGACCAGUUUGAUCUCGGAAUCUACGGUCACCAGCACAUCAAGCAAUGCAGUACAAAAAGACCAAUCUUUAAACAUGAGUCCAGAAAAUAGCACAUCCGAAGUAUCCAUUCAAAAUAUGUCUAAUAGUGUCCUUAGUUUAAAUGAAGAAUAUAUUCAAGAAGCGAUGUUGACACCUAGGGCAAUUUCUAUGAGUUCUGGUUUGGAUAGCACUAGCGACCGAUGUGGCAGGAAAUUUAAAGCUAACAGAGUUACAUGGCUGGCCAGCGAGGGAUUAACUAAUUAUUUCAGGCGUGUUAUUCAAGAUGAGAAGAGUAAAGAAAAAAUUAAGACUUUCCAUUCACAUCAAGAUUUUUCCAGUAUACCGGAAAACGAAUCCUAUGUUUCUAGUCUCAAUAUGGGCCGAAGACUUUCCUACCAACGGGCUGUAUCCGGGGAGGAUCCGGUGCCACCAAAGUAUCAAGAUUCCUUGUCCAGGCGAAAAUAUAGCAGUAUUGAUAAGAUACAGGCUCACCUGGAGCUACAAAAUCACUUAGCUGAGUUUUCGAAAAGCGGCGUGCCGGCCCUACAAGGGUUCGUCCUAGCAGCCAUUCCAGACAACUCGUUCUCCUAUCUGAUGUGGUCAGAGCAAUCAGGAAAUCUAGAACUGGCUUACAAGUGGAAAACUUUGGAUGAGAAUGAGCAAAAGAAGCAAGCCGUUGUUCGGGAGUUGGUGGAGACAGAAGCGAACUAUAUACAACACUUGAUGGUGAUUGUUGAGGUAUUUAUUGCCGCAGCACACUCACUUCAGGACAGCGGCAAAAUGCUGGAUGUUGACACAGCAAAGUUAUUUUCAAAUAUACCAGAUUUGCUUAACGCCAAUCUGGUAUUUUGGAACAUAACAUUCUAUCCAAUGGUUAAAGAUGCCGUGGAAAACAAAACUCCUUAUAAAGUAGAAUUAAUGGCUGACGGAUUUAGUCGUUUUCACGAGAUCUUUCAGCCAUACGAAAAAUAUAUGAGUGAACAGGCGAAAAUGAUGACAUACUUGAGAUUUAUGCAAAACGACCCGGAAUUUUCCCUGUACCUUAAUUGGUGCUAUACGAACAAAUCAUGUAACAGACUCCAGUUAUCCGACUUACUUGUUAAGCCUAUGCAGAGGCUUACCAAGUAUAGUCUUAUACUUCGUCGAGUCGUUGCAUACGCUAAAUCAAAUGAGGAAUCUGUUACACUAAAGUCUAUGGAAAAUUUCGUUAGAGGUUACGUGAUUGACUUAAAUCGGUCUAUGCGUCAACGUGAUGAAAUAGAGAAACUUGAUGAGUUGUUAAACUCUGUUGAGCCAUACGAAUUGGAAUUUAAAGAUGAGGAAAUGGAACGUGCUUUCAGGACAUAUUGCUCGUUAAACUUAAAAGCAUCCGUGUUUAAUUCUACAGAAUUGCCUUUGCGCAACUUAGUAUACGAGUGUAAUUUGAGGUUCAAGGAUAACAUAGGAAAGGAGGCUGAAAUUAAACUAUUUCUUUUGACGGACGUGAUGUUAAUUUGUAAGAAACAGUCAAAAGGAAAUGCAUUGCCGUAUAAAAUGAUAAGACCCAAAAUAUUUUUGGAGAGACUUGUAACGUGGCAUAAAUCAGCAAAAAGCCAGUUCCAGUCAAAUAGUCUCAUUUAUGUUAUAGUGGAUGAAUAUAAUUCAGCAAUAGGAUGUUUUACGCUAAGCGAAUCUACGAAAGAUCCAACUCCAACGCAAACACUUAAGACCUUAGAAGUAAAAAUUAAAGAAGCUCGACUUUCCCACGCAUUAAUAACUUGGGCAGCCAUAAAUCCAUCGCGCGAGCUAAGUGAGAUAGAAUCGAGUGAAGCAUAUCCUAUGAAGGUGAAGACUGCUGAAGAUAUAGCUAUUGAGAACGAAGCUCGUGAACGAGUUGCAUGCAUGUUACACCGAGGCAUGGGCGUGUCGACUGAUGAGUGUUCACAAUCAUUCACCACCGAUUCCAACGAGGCUCCCGGGGAUGUCGCCAGUUAUAGCCGAAUUGGCAAUCAGAGACACUAUAUGCAUCGGUUAUCAACAGCCAGUUCACGACAAUCUCGUUUAUCCAGUUUCCAGCAAUCACUCAGUGCCGCAUCCCGUGACGAACCUCACCCCGGGCCAAGCAAAAUAAACCGAGCAGCCGGCUCUCUUGAACACCCGGUUUCAUCAAUCACAGUAAAUGUGGUGAGUGAGGCAGAAACACCAACGGAACAGGAACCAUUGGUAGCGGAUGGGUUAACGCUCCAUGUUACGCCAGCGCCCGAGUCGCCACACUCCUUGUCACCCCAUUCGAACAAUGUUUCCGUUUUGAGCAGCCAUCCGGACCUGAAUCCAGAUGCAAUUACUCUUUCUCUAAGAGCGCCGUCAGCUUCCGAGAGGCUAUAUCAGUCUCAUCAGGAACUUCUACAGCGCAAUCGUUUGGCAGCAUCACAAGCUUCUCAGUUUUUGACUCCUGAUCAUCGUGGAAGUAGUUAUCCUCCCCCAAGUCCUACAAGGGCGUCAUUAAAACGGGGGUUAGCAUUCUCUUACUCAUUCAAAAAUCCGCCUUUGAGCAAGAUGGGAAAUGUCCAUAGUCAGUCACAUUUGGACGCUGCAAUGUAUGCUAGUCAGGGCCAUUUGGAAAGACAGCCAAGUCCUAGUACAAGCGAAAAAAGCGACAAGAAACAUAAAUAUUUUACAACCAGAAACAAGGCAACAUCGAGCACAGACCCUGAAGAAUCAGCAGCCAGCUCUACUGUACCUACGCGUUACCACUCCGUUCAAGAAAAUAUUAGUGAGAGUGAAAUGCACAGAGGGGAGGAUGAGAGUAGAUGAGAUUCAUCGGAGGAGAAAUCCUCCUGAUGUUGGUGUUGUUAAGCGUCUAUAAGUUGGUACGAGAGAAAAGAGACGUAAUGAUUGAAGUGAAUUCCAGCUUAAAAUAGGAACUUGUUUGCGUAUAGUAUACAAUUGCUAGGUUACGCUACAGCCUCUAUAGAAAACAAAACGGCAGUAUGCCCUUAUUUAUAAAAACUAAAUCAGUCUAAUGAUUUGAUUUAGUAUUAACCAAAGUAUUAUUUUGUACUAACCAAAAUGGGUUUAUCCUGUGAUGAAAAGAGAUAAGUGAGUACUCUAGUUAAAAAGGGUGUCUCAACAGAAUGUUCAUAUUUGGUUGAUCGAUUAAAAAAAAAGUAAGUCAUGUAUUAAAAAAGUAUUUAUUUAUUAUUAAAGUACACAUUUUCGGAAUUCAUUUCUUAAAAAUAAUACCGUUCAAAUGUAAAUAAAAUAAAAUACUCGCAUUCACGGCACUUAUUUAACGAACAAUAAAAUUACUUGAAAUAAAUAAAUGACGGCUCGGCAGGUGGACUCAGUGAUGACUGCUAUUUCGUGACGGAUAUUUUCUUUCAAUUGCGCCAGAGAAGUGGGCUUAUUGGCGUAGACUUUAGAUUUAAGAUAACCCCAUAAUCCAUAGGGGUUAAAUCAGGACUGCGUGGAGGCCAAUUUAUGUCACCUCUCCUGGAAAUCAAUUUGCCUGAGAAAAUUUCACGACCUCGUGGCAGAGACUUAUUGGACGUGUGUGACGUUGCUCCGUCCUGCUGCAACCAUGUUCUUUGGUUAUAGCCAGGAAAGUUUUAAAGUUAAACUUUCUUUUGAGACACCUGUUAUUAGGCCGAUUUAUUUUUUAUAAAUAAGGCUAAAAUCUUUCUCGAUUUGCGUUUCACACUGGAAUCGAGCCAGCAAGUCCAUGCUAUAUUUAAAGUUUAGUUGGAAUCUAUCAAUGAUUAUUAAGUUGUCGAAUAACCUAUGAAGACAUUGAAAAGACGUUUAAAUUAUAAACUGGUUUAUGUAUUGAACGUGAUCGUAGACGUGAUACCUAAGACAAGUAG